AUGGUUUCGUUUUGCCCGUUUUGUUCAAAUCUCCUCUUUGCGGAGAAGAGCGUAUCGGGCCGAAUCCAGUUCACGUGCAAAUUGUGCCCAGUCUUCUUUCCAGUGCAAAGAACGAUCACUUCGAGAACUUAUUGCAAACUGAAGAGCAUUGAUGAUGUGCUAGGGGGCGAAGACGCGUGGAAAAACGUGGAUUCAACUGAAGAACGGUGUCCAAAGUGCGAUCACAAUCGAGCCUACUUCCAACAGCUGCAAACCCGCUCUGCUGAUGAGCCGAUGACAACUUUUUAUCGCUGUUGCAAUAACGAGUGCAAGUACAACUGGCGCGAUUAGACAACUGCAGAAAUAAAUGCCUCUGACUAACAGGAUUGUAAAGUUGGUCAAACAUUCCGCCAAGCUAAAUGCCAUGGCUGAACGCAUCCCAAUAAGUGGGGCGAACGCCCUCCAGUCGGGCAUCGAUCUACUCCAGACUGGAAACGUGGUUGCGGUGCCCACAGACACUCUUUACGGCCUGGCAUGCGAUGCCACAAACAUGGAAGCCAUCCACAAAAUGUACAGCAUCAAAUGCCGGAACGAAAGCAAACCAGUUGCCAUCUGCUUUGGCCAAAUUCCGGACAUCAAAUGCUGGACGUGCACCGAUCACCUGCCUUCGAAGCUGUUGAGCACCUUGCUGCCCGGGCCAGUUACUCUAAUUUUGAACAGUGUGAGCAAAGUGGACAAGUACCUUUGCCACCAGGGCAAAAUCGGAGUACGCAUUCCCAACUACAAUUUCAUAAGGAACCUGGCUGUAGGCCUAGGGAGGCCCCUGGCCCUAACCAGUGCGAAUCUAAGUAACGAACCCAGUGCAGUGACUUGUACAGAGUUUAAGGCGAUUUGGGGCAAACUUCCGGCAGUUUUCGAUGGGGGCACUACACAUAGCAGUAGAGAAGGUUCCACUGUUAUUGACUUGUCGGAAAAGGGGCUCUAUCGCAUUGUGAGACCUGGGGUUGCUUUUAAGGACAGCAUUGAUGUGUUGGAACGGUUCAAUCUUAAGGCUAAAUAUAGCUGAGACUUAUUGACUGUGGCUAACUGUGAACAUUUGUUCUUGGUGGAUUUAUCGUGACAAUUUCAACGAGUUUGGUGUUUCCAAUCCUGUUCACUUGUUCAGCCCAAUUUUUAAUAUACUUCAGUUGCUGAA